AACGACAGACGGCAGUGCAACGGGAGACGAGGGGACGCGGGGUCCAAACAUCAAAGGCAUGGUACGUGUCGGACUCCUCUAUGAUAUCGCACCGCAAUUCGGUCCUCAACUUACGAAAUAUCUAGUCGACAUGCAGCGCUUCUUCACGCAGAG